CAGCUGUUACAAUUUCACACAUAUUUUUUUUACAUUUACAAGACAUACGUAUAGUUAUGGGCAUCUCUUCUCUCUUCUUAUUUUUCAAAAAUGGAAUAUUUUUUGCGAUGUUAAAACUACAUUAAAAUAAAUAAAUAAAAAUGUUUUGGAGAUUUAUUUUUCCUUUCCUUUGUGUGCUUGUUUUAUUUUUGACAAAUUUUAAAAGAAAAUAUGACUUCGAAAGAAAUUCAGAUUUAUCGCAGUUUAAAUUUAAGAUAGUUGGUGAAAAACUAAACACAUCUGUUUCGUUGAAUGUUUCCACUACAUCUGAAUCUGGAAAAGAUAAAAGCAUUAAUACAGAUUUAAUACAGGACGGGAUAUUUUGGUCUGAUUUUGCAGAAUCAUUCGUUCCGAAAGAAUUACAAGACAGAAUGUAUAUAGUAAAGAAAUUGCGACAUAAACGUGUUGUGAAAAUAGAACUAGCGAAUAAGACAAUGUGUGGCAGAGAAAAUGGCAUUAUCACACUUGAAGAUGGAAUUAAAGUGUGUGCCAAACAUAGACCAACUCAAUUAAUAUAUGCUGAAGCAUUAGCAUUCUACUUAUCUCGAUUGUUGCUUUUGGACAACGUUCCAGAGGUGAUUCUUUCUAAACUUGAUGGAUCUUCCGGGCAGUGGAAAAAAUCUAACUUUACUAAACUAAAAAACUGGAAAGAACAUGACGAAGUUGCAAUCAUUAGAUGGCUCAAUAAUGCAAGACUUAACACAUUCAUGCCACAUGUAAUAUAUAAUGCUUACACAACAGGGACGCCGGUCAACAGCGCUGUGAUUCACGAAUCACCAUCUCUCAGAAAUAAGUCUACUGCAAUAGCGGAACUUAUUCAAUGGGGAACGCUGAUAGUUUUUGACUAUUUAGUUGGCCAUCACGACAGGUUAAUUCAUUACCAACUAGUUGGAGAAACUGAAACCAGAUUACGAAGAAUUUCCACAGCAUUAUAUAAUUGCGUUAUGUCACCAAACGGCAAGAUAUGGUUUAUUGAUAAUGAAUUUUCCAUGUUCACUGAACGCAAACAUAAAAUCUCCAAGGAAUAUAAUAUUCAUUUGCAAACAUUCAAUAAUAUUAUGCUAAAAACAAUGUGUAUCUUUCAAUCUUCACUUGUUAAUGAGUUAAGAAAUCUUCAUAAAUACCCAUCGGCUUUUCACUAUCUCUGGUAUUACGCCAGUUCAUUUGAACCAUUAUUAAAUAAUUUCCAUAGGCAUAAAGACGUUCAAUUAAACACAUCAGCUGCUUUAUUCAACCAAAGACUCGGAGAUAUCAUCGGGUGGAUAUAUGUUUGCAAAUCUAAGAGUUUGAUAAAAAAGUAAUGCCAAACAUCUGGAAACUAAAAAGAUGAGAUAUAUACAUUAUUGUAUAUUAACACAUUGAAGCCUCUAUGUUUUUUUACUUUGCUGUUUGGCUUUUCGUGUAUUUGAUGCAAUCGCUACUUUACGGCCCUUUCCUUCAAAUUCCAGAUAAGACCUGAACACAAUAGUAAGAAUACACAGAACGGAUACGGUCUUCGAUGUAACCUACUCUUAGAAACUUAACAUGUUAACAAACAAAUUGUUAUUUAGUGUUGGGAGUUUGAUGUAAAAGUUAAUAUCGUGGUUGAAGAAACCGAAAGUACAAAAUGUCUACCGGUUCAAUAAUAAUUCUUACCGAAAUACACGUUGCUUUUUAUGUUAAACAAAUACAUCUGUUAUACAUUAUCAAAGAUUAAACCCUCUGUCUAUGUUGACAUCUAAACGUCGUGGUAGAACUACUUUAAAUCCGUACGAAGUCCGAGCUUAUUAUUGAUAAUAGCCGAGAUGUUCCGAUUGUUAUUUGCUGUUUCGUUUUCUUGAAAUUUUGCUUUGAAUCAUUAAUGCUUUGUCGCAUUUUCGCAUCGUUACGAGUGUGUAUAUCUAUAUAUUACAUAUGGCAUAUGCCACAAUAAGGUUUUAACGGGAAUGAAUGGAAAUGAAAACCAUAAAGAAAAAGCAUUACCUUUUUUAUUAAAUUCAUUAAAAAUAAACAAAUAAGCAAAAAAGCUAUGUCCUCAAGAGUAAGUUAAGAUGUUAAACAGGAGGCUGAGAAAUGUUUAAAUAUUCUUACCAGCAUUUGCGAAUUGUUGUUUACUCUUAUCCGAUUCAGCGAUUAUCCGAAUUCACGGACAGUUUCCAUUAAUUUCCGUUACUUAAUCACGUGUCAUUAAAUCCAUUAUAAAAGAUGGAAAGAUAUUUAUAUUGCAUUAUAUCAGAAUAUGUAUUGAAGGUGACGAAAAACAAUCAAUUAAGCAAUUAUAGUAGAUAUUAAGGCAAGCUUAUUGUAAUUUUCACACUUUCGCAGAUCAUACGUUUCCCCCAUUAAUCAAGGGAAAUUAAUCUUAUCAGUUAUUGUAUGUUUACACCUGCAAGAUGUACGAUUAUUUGUUAUUUUAAAUGUAGGUGUAAAUAUGUCAAAAUCUUUUCGGAUCCGAGAGGUCAAUUUUAGAGUAAAAUGAGAACAAAAAUUGAAAAAAUCGUCCGGAAUUCGGAGUAGACAGGUUCCGGAUCCGAAAGAUUUUUAACUUUUGUAAAUAGAACAAAUAAAAUCGGGACCGGACUCUUUGUUCGGAUAAGAAAGGAUUCCGGAUAAGAAGGGUUCGGAUUAGCAAGUCUCCGCUGUACUAUAUCAUUUGAUCAAUCAGUCAUAUUUAUUGUGCAUGAAAAUUGUUAAAGAGAUUUACCUAAACCAACUUUCUUCAUAUAUUUACUAUGAUUUGCAGCAACGUGCUGUGAAUACUUCUGUUUUAUAGCUGAAUCGUGUUCCUAAGCAUGCUAAUAUUAACAAUAUGUGUUUACUAUUUUUUCAAUUGCAACACGAUUUUGUAAAUGAUCUAUUCUCCAUUUAAUACAUACAGGGUUUAUCUAUGGAAUUUAAAAUGGUUAUUUAACGUAAUAUAAACCUUGCAACCGUGAAUAAAAUGUUCGGAAUACUGACGAUGUUGUUUGCCGUGUUCAUGUUUGACUCGUAGAACCCGUUUGUCUAUUACCAUGAUUUCAACUAAAAUGUGUGUCUGUUUCAAUAAACUCACCAUGCAAACGCGUAGCAAAUUAUUACAUAAGCUGAUUGUUUUGUUCCUUUUAAAGACAAAAACAGAAACAAAAUACAUUUCAGUGAUUGAUUUUCUUUUAUCUCCUUCAUUUUUGGUGCAAAAAUAUCUAUAUUAUUAAAUAAUUUGACAGAUUAUCAAGCAAAUUAACCUCUUUUAUGCAAAAUCCUACUAACGCGCAUAUACUUCCCGAAGGAAAAUAUAUUUACAGCACUAAUUUUGGUAAAUCAUUGGAAAAAAAGAAAUGUUCAAAGGAAUAAAACUAUUAUCUUUUCAGCAAUUAAGAUGAUUUUUUUGCGUGUAAGCCUGCAGCUUUAUAAAACAUGAAAGGUUUCUUUAUAUACUUUAUUUUCAUAUAACAUCAGAUCCACUCAGUGUAAUUGAAGAGGAUAUUGAAUUCACAAGCAAUCAAACAUAUUAUUUUGAAAGAUAUAGGAACAAAUACGUACAAGAUAAAUUCUUAUCUGUUAAUGAGUAUUACAUAAAAUAACCCAUUAGGCAAUUCACACUCAGAUGUAACCUUUGUUCUCGUUGUAGAAAUCAUAUAUACCAGAAACUCAUUUUGCUGAUGUACAUUUAUAGAGCUUGCAUGUUUUCUUAUCCCCCUAUAGGCAUGUUAAUCCUUAUUGACAAAAUGAAGCUACAUGCUAGCAUUACCGCAAAAUGGCGUUAUAUCAAUAUAUUGGGGUUUUCAUUCCCUGACAUUGGAAAUACACAAACUUUGUAGCUGUAUAUUGUGUUACAGCCGUAAAUGUGUUAAUUUCUUGAUUAAAACAGAAUUGUUCUAAAUGAAAGAAGUUAGUGAUAAGGAAUCGUUUCAUCAUAUAUGGUACAGGUAUAAAUUAGACAAAUGUACUUCGAAUCUUACUUUUCGUCAUAGUGUUGUUUACAAUAGCACGUAUUCACUCAUUGUGUAGACUGAGAAUCAA